UUGCCCUCAGUCAGAAAUCUUGACCUGCAACUUUAGAGGGUGGGUCUCUGAAAGUAUUUCAGAGCUUACACAGCAGUGAGGUGUGUUGCUCUCUGAUGAGAACGAAGCUGGCUGGAGCACUGGGAGUCUGGCUCUGACUCUCCUCACAAACCAGGGGCAUCUUUGUGCACUGAAGUUUCAGAAAGAAUGUUUCAGACAUUUAAAGAAUGGUUUUGGUUGGAAAGAUUCUGGCUUCCUCCAACAAUAAAAUGGUCAGAUCUUGAAGAUCACGAUGGACUCAUCUUUGUGAAGCCCUCUCAUUUAUAUAUGACUAUUCCAUAUGCUUUUGUCUUGAUAAUUAUCAGACAUUUUUUUCAAAAGUUUAUUGCUUCACCUCUAGCAAAAACAUUUGGCAUUAAAGAGGAAGUUCAAAAGAAGAUUACACCAAAUACUGUCUUAGAGAAUUUUUUCAAACAUUCCACAAGCAAACCAUCUCAAACUGAUAUUUAUGGACUGGCAAAGAAGUGUAACUUGACAGAGCGCCAGGUUGAAAGAUGGUUUAGGAGUCGGCAGAAUCAAGAUAGGCCUUGCAGGAUGAAGAAAUUCCAGGAAGCUUGCUGGCGAUUUACAUUUUACCUAAUUAUUACCAUUGCUGGAAUUGUAUUUCUUUAUGAUAAACCUUGGGUAUAUGACCUGUGGGAAGUUUGGAAUGGCUAUCCCAGACAGCCCUUGCUGCCAUCCCAGUACUGGUACUACAUUUUGGAGAUGAGUUUUUAUUGGUCUCUCUUAUUUAGCCUUGGCUCUGAUGUCAAGAGGAAGGAUUUUCUAGCGCAUGUCAUCCACCACCUGGCUGCUGUCAGUUUGAUGAGCUUCUCUUGGUGUGCUAAUUAUAUUCGCAGUGGGACCCUCGUGAUGAUUGUCCAUGAUGUGGCCGACAUUUGGCUAGAGUCUGCUAAGAUGUUUUCUUAUGCCGGAUGGAAGCAAACCUGUAACACCCUGUUUUUCAUCUUCUCCACCGUGUUUUUGAUCAGUCGCCUCAUUAUUUUUCCCUUCUGGAUUUUAUAUUGCACGCUGAUUCUGCCUCUGCACUACCUUCAACCUUUCUUUUCGUACAUCUUCCUCAACCUACAGCUCAUGGUCCUGCAAGUUCUUAAUCUUUAUUGGAGUUACUUCAUCCUGAAGAUGCUCAAAAGAAGUAUAUUCACGAAGAGCAUCCGGGAUGUGAGGAGUGAUAGUGAGGGUGAGUAUGAAGAGGAAGAAGAUGAGGAAGAGGAGGAAGAGGAGAAGGAAGAAGCCACGGGAGGCAAAGAGACAGACCAUUUGAAGAACAGCCUUGGGGCCGACAGGCACCUCAUCCCCAAUGGUCAGCAUGGCUGUUAGCUUGAGACCCGCAUAGUUCCCAGUGCCCAGCGCCCUACAAGGGCUGCCGGGAGCGGGACGUGCGCCCUCCUCUACCGCUGUGGCCUUGACCCAGAGGGACCGCAGAUUUUGCCCUUCCUUCCUUCUUUAUCACCACCUUCCCCCUCCUAAGAUGUAUUUAACAAAAUGUUGUUUUUGUGUUAAAAUGUUGAAUAUAAGCAUCCCAGUGGACUUUACUGGAGUUAGGACUCAGGCUUCAAAGAUUUCUCCAGAGAACCCUUCUAGUUCUAAUUGUGCCCAUUCAUGCAUUUGAGACACUUGGAGCCAACUUGGUUGUGGGCCUUCCCCUUCCCACCUUGCCUGUGUUCAUGAUGAUUUGAGAAGUGCUAAGGCAACCCACUUUUUCCAGGUGUGUUUGGCCACAGAGAUAACUCACUUCCCAAAAGUGAGCUAGAGAUAGCAAAGGAGCAGUGGUGGCAGGACCAAACUAAGGGGCCAGGCUUCAGGGCUCACAGGCCCCCUUCUGCUGUGGACAAUAUUUAAGCCUUCCAUUCUGUGUGCUGCAUCUCUCCAAUGGGAAGAACCAGGCGUGCCCUGUCCCCUCACAGGGAUGGAGUAAGGAUCAAAUGAGAUAAUAAUGGGCAUGAGAGCACAUACUGUAGCUGUGGUGUUCCUAUUACCAGACCCUCUCUCCACCGUGACCCCAGCCCUGACCUCUCUCCACUCUGACCCCAGCUCUGACCUCUCUCCACUCUGACCCCAGCCCUGACCCUCCUUUCACCAUGACCCCAGUCCUGACC